AUGAUAUACCGUGUGUCUACCAUUAUCAUCAUCAUCACCGCCCCCAUCGUCAGACCUCCCGUCCAUCGACCUUUACGUCCUUUCCAGAGUAAUAGGAACCCGGUCGUCGGCGGAGGCGGCUUUGAUGCACUGCUGCGGCGGCCGCCGUCGCGGUCAGCGCCGGAGCCUGGCACGCUGUUGUGCGACCAGGUCCUGGGCCUACUCGAGGCCACGGGCAUGUAUCUCGACGAGAUCAGCGUAGGAUACUUCCAAGGGGGCAUUCACUCCGUCGUCCCCAUCAUCUCACGCCGCCGAUUCCACACCCAUCUCAUCUCCUUCGGUGGUGAUGAUGAUACCACCCGCCUCCGCCGCCGCCGCCCCAGAGCCGAAUUUGCCCUACUCUUGCUAACCAUGGCGCUUCUGCUGGUUGGGGACGAGUCGGUAGAUCACCCAGCCGCUAAGUUAGCUGAUCAUCAUCUAUGGCGGCGACGGCGGCGGCGGCCGCUGCCACAACAAAUCGAUCGUACGAAGCUCUACCUGGCCAUCAAGUCCCUUCUGGCACAGGCACAAGCACUGCAUGCCUUCGGGAGUAGUACACCCUCCACAACCCAUCUCAUCCAGGCCGGCGUGCUACUGGCCGUGUACGAGUAUGCCAGUGGGCGGCCCGAACAGGCCUUUGUUUCGAUAGGGAACUAUGCCCGUAUGGCGCAUCUGGCUCAGUUACAGUACCCAAGUGGAUCCUCCUCGUCCUCCCUCUCCUCAUCCUCCUCCAGGCCUCAUCGCUUCUCAUCAUCGAAAGACGAAGAACAAGAACAAGAAGAGAUCAAUAUCUGGUGGGGAAUCCUCAUCUGUGAACGAACCUUCUUGUGUGAAAUGCCACUCGUUAUGGAUCGACCGCCGCCGCUGGCGUCGGUGAUGCCCGACCCUGAUAUUCCUCUACCCAAGUUGGUAGAGUCUCUGGAUAGUGGUGGUGGUGAUGGUGGUGGUGGCACACCAACGGUGGGAGGAUUCCUGGUCGACGCCCUGGCCAGUCCACAACCAGUCCAAGUUGACAGCUUCGGCCGCGCUGCCCAAGCCGCAUGGCUCCUGGAUCGCCUGAUCCAAAGCACAAGGCUGUCUCCAGCUGGACACAUGGCCGGGGCUAUCGACGUCGACGACAAUGACGCCACGAAUACAAAACGAGUGUAUCUCGAGGAAUGCGACAAGAUGUUACAGUCCUUCCUCACCAUUCUGAUGCAGCAAACUGACAAGGACGAUGACGAUGAUGACUGGGUUGGCCAUUAUUACUGUGUUGCAAUUGCUCUGACGAUCCGUUCAUUGUUUCUACUCCAUGAACAUAUCCUCGACCACCACGACCACCUAGGCAACAAGAACAGCAACAACAGCAACAGCAACAAGAACAACAACAACAAAAACAGCAGCAGCAGCAGCAGCAGCAACAAUUCUUCCCGCUCAGCGCUGGACACAGUUACCAAUAUCGUCAUAGAUAUUACGGCCUCGCACCAACAUCUUUCAUGGGACCAAAUUGACCAGCUCCCCCCGAGUUCUCCAAAAUUCCCUCAAGCUUUUCGAAUCCCGGUGGGGAACAGGAUCGACGACGACGACGACGACGACGACGCUGCUGCACACUCCUUCUUCUUGGUCUUCCUCGCCGGACAGUCUCUAGCAGAGUAG